AUGGAGUUUCUCGUCGGCGACGAUACGGGGUUGCUGAAGAAUGUCAGCACCCGGACCAGGUGUACGUACACCUACAAAACAUGUCAACAGGACCGGAAUGAAGCCAUUUUGGCGGCCUGCUGGUCUUCGCCACAGCUCGUGUCCGACGAAGUCACGAUCGGUCGCCGCAGCGGAGUAGUCGAGGCGGUGGCGCUGCCUCCGCCGCCGGCUGCCUCCUCUGCGCUAACGGCUAAAAUGUCCAUUCCUUGCGGGGCGAACCCUGUUCGGGCGCCGCACUACGCCCCGCGUGCUUUGUCUUGUUCUGUCCAGCCUCUUCGCUCGAUUCGGAUGCCGGCGCCGUGCGUGCAGACUUCGCUGCUUCACACUCCCGAGGUGCGUUCCAUUCUCAAUGCGUCCCUGAGGGAGUCGCUCGCGGCAGACCCCUACUUCUCGCUCUUCCACAGCCCCGCCUCUUCGCCCCUCGUGCCGGCGGAGUCUCCGUUCUUCGGCUCCGCGCUCCCACAACUCUUCUGUUUGGAUCAGGAAGGGCACGCGUGCGUGGUGAACUGGGAUGGCGACUUCGCGGAGGAGCUGCAAGUUCUCGCCACCGCGGCGGAUGAGAAGGUGGAUUUUGACGAGAGUGAGGGCACUCUGCGGCUGAAGAAGACCCGCGAAGACGUGUCGCCAGAGAGCGCUGACCACACCGGCGCCUUGUCGCGCGUGUCGGUUUACGAGAUCUCCUUCCCCUCUGUUCCAGCGUACAGCCACCCGUCGCCUGUGAGCGUCUCGGGGUCGCUCCGCAGAGUAUCGUCUCAGCCGCGCGCAGGACCGCGAGUGAAGCAGGAAGAGGGCGCGUCCGCGACCUCCGCAGCGUCCUCUUCUUGCCACGUGGUCGCGGGCUGGCAGCUGGCGGGCCCGGUUGGAUGCGCGACACCGAUUCACCCGCUGAUGCCCGAUCGCUUUGCGUUCGGCGGGAGGGAGAACGAAGUCAAAGUCUUUGACUUGGCGCGGGGCCGCUACGUCUGGGCGGCGAAGAACGUCAAGCAGACGCUGCUUCAGCUCCGCGUGGCGGUGAAUCCGACGAGCCUCGCCUGGCUGCCGCGCGUCCAUCCGCUGGUGCUCGCGGCGGGCACAGCGCGCGGCGCCGUCAGGCUCUUUGACCUCCGCUGUCAGCGACGCCCGGUCUACGAAGUCGAAAACGCCUGCCGUGGCACACACGAAACCGUGGAGAAGCGCGUCAUCACGGCGAUGGCGGCGGAGGAAGUGCGCCGCUGCGGCGCCGGCGGCCUCUGGGACAUUCUGCAGGCGGUGGAAACCGCCCGCGCGCAGCUGAGCGACGCGGGCGAGGACAGGCGACCGGCCGCGCCGGCUGCGAGUGAAGCCGCUUCCACGCGAGUGAAAGUGAAGCAGGAACCGGAAGAGGGUGAAAAAGCCAGCGAGCUUUCGCUCGCGAAGGGGGCGAGGGGCAAGGGCGCCAAGAAGCGAACGCGCACCGCGCAAAGCGAGACGCAGGAGGGUGCGAGAGACAAGAAACGCGCACAACUGAAGGCUGAGGGGCUGGGCGCCGAGGAAGAAAGGCAGAGCGCCCAGUCGGCGGCAGAGACCGCGGAGGAGAGCGAAGUGUCUGACGAGGCGCUGAAAGCCCAACUGCGGAGCUUGUAUGGUCGCGACAGGACCAAACUGUACUUUGCAGACAGCUGCGGCGCGGUUUACGUCCACUCGGUUCUGACUGAAGACGCGCUGAUGCGACAGAUCGACAAGAACGUGCAAAAACACAACCGGACGUCCUGCUGCGCGACCCUCAGCGAAGACGAAGAGGCAGAGCGCUGGAGCUCGGGAGCCGCAGCAGCGCCUGCGCAGAAAGAGUCGAAAUGGGCAGACCCGCGCAUUCGCCACAAACUCAUCCUCGCGUUCCAAGAGAAGGCGCAGGGGAAGUUGUCUUCCAAAAAAAAACGCCUCCAGGCUGUGCACGUCCCCGCUCAACGGGCCGCAGUACGCCACGCUCUUCACCGGAGGAUUCAAAGGCACCAUGGGCGCCGUCGUCGCUCUCGUUGUCUCAUCACGUGCUGUCCUUUCUUCUCAGCUCUGACGGAAGACGUGAGCGGCCGCCUUCUUGUCGGCGUCGGCUACGGCAGACACGCCUACGUGUGGCAGACUGCCUCGCGGAAGCUUGUCGACAAGGUCUAUUUGAAGCAGAAGCUGCUUGCGGUGUUGCCAGGCAGAAACUUCCUCCGCGCAGAAGAGGAAGGCGGCUCCAACAGCAAGUGUUCGGAUGAGGAGGCGAGCGACGGCGAAAGCGCGGAUACAGACGAAGAGGAGAACGAGAAAGACGCAAAAAGCGAAGAAGGGGAGGGGGAUUUUGUAGAUGGAGAAAACUCCGAAGACGACGGAGACUCUGAAGAUGAAGAAGGCUCUGAAGGCGAAGGAGACCUUGAGGGCGAAGGAGACUCUGACGAUGAAGAAGGCUCUGAAGGCGAAGGAGACUCUAAGGGCGAAGCCGAUAGCGACGGCGAGGAUGAUGACUCCGAGGGAGAGGAGGAAGAUUCUGAAGAAGACGAUGCAAGCGACGCGUCUCUCGAGGACGUCUCCAGGCGAGGGAAGGGGAGAGGCGCGUCGCGCGGCGGAGAGCGGAAAGAAGGGCGACAGAAGCGCUCGCGUCAAUUCGGCGUAGGGGGCAUGGGCGCGAAGGGGCGGAGAGUCUCCCGCGCUUAA